AUGAGCUACUCAAACAAAAACAGGUUAGACACUAUUGAUACUGAUCAUCUAGGAUACGUAGGAAUCUGGCCAUCAAAUGGUAAAGAUGCUAAAGUAGUACCAAUGGGUACUCCAGGGGUUCCUUUGACGGACAUUUAUGACGAAAUGAUGCAUUCAAACGGUCAAAGAAAUACUAAUAAGCCUGCUCCUAUUGGAGAUCAUUCCUAUCCCAUACCAGUCCCUGUUCCAGUAAUUACACCAAGAACCAGGGAUUUAACAAGAAAUGUGAUUCAAGGAGGGAAUAAGUCAAUUUCUGGAAGCCAGGCAACAAUAAAUACAGCAACUUUAAAACCAAAAAGAAGGUCUUUUGAAUCUCUUAGAAACAAGAGUCAACCACCUCAGCCUAAUGUUACAAACGGACCCAGAAAAAUGAGUUCUAAGAUAGGAUUGGGGUCAAACGAGUUAAGCAGACCUCAAAGACAAAGUGGUAGCCCCAUCCCAAACAGAAGGUCAUUGGCCAGUGUCUCAAGCAGUAUUGGAAAUGCUCCCACGGGUUCUAAACUUAAAAAGUCGGUUAACGAAGUGAACUCCAGUAAUUCAAAUAUUCCAAGACGAAGUAACAGUGUUGCAACAAUUCAAAAAAGUAAUCAAGCUAAUUCUGAUGUUGAAAGACACAAGAUACCUGAAGAUUAUGUUCCUAGACCUAAUAUCCCAAGCUGUUACUCAAGUCAGCCAAAUAACAACCCCGAAUGUCCAACAGUCCCAUAUCCAUUCUCUAUGGAUGCUGAUGGGAAUUUGAAUGAUAACUUCAACCAAUCUUAUUACCAACCCCAAGACAGAUUCUCAGAGAGACCAUCAAACUUUGACCAAAUCCCACAAAGAAGAAAUCCAACUAGAAGAGUUACCCAAAAUGCUCCAUCAAGUCCACCUCCUGGUGUCAGAAACUUUAUUUCUGGAAAAUCUAAUGUUCCUUACAAUUCCAACAUAACUCAUCAUAGGGAUUACCAUCAAAACUACGGUGACAAUUACUAUAACAGAGAAGAACUCUACUCCGCCCCAUAUUACGCUAGAAGCUCCAGUGUGGAUAGACCAACUUUAACAAACGUCUCAAGCUUGAAUCCAUUUGAUAAUUGUAUCCCUCACAGCUCCACUCACCAGUACAAUUCAGAAUCUUUAAACUGUUAUAGUGUGCCGAAUAAAUAUAGAAAUUCUGUUCAUGACUUUGCAAAAGACGAUAUGUAUGCAGAUUCAGCAUCAUGUUUAAGUCCAUCCAAAACGUUAAUGUAUUGUUCUGGUGAGUACAGUGCUUUAGAAGCUGAGAGGCAUAUUAGACAAAACUACUCUACUGCUAAUGAGGUAUUUAAACCAAUGGUCUACGAAACUAUUGUCUUCCCACCUGGGUAUUUUGAGUAUAAGAAGCAGUUAGAAGAGUUAAGAAAAAAGUACUUACUUGACACUAACCCGAAUGCAUUUUAUCAAAUGAAACAAAAUGGUGAGUUCAUUGAACCCACUACGAGAAAUGGGUGUAUUUGGAAUAACGGGAAAAACUUAAAUAAAAAGAGAAGUCACCCAGUUUUUGUUAAAACUACUGGAACAAUCGAUCAUUUAAACAGAAUGAGACCAAAUCCUGCCUGUUAUUGCUAA